AGCAAUCCGAUUAGUGUUUUUUUUUUUUUUAAAGAAGAUGCAAUAAAGAAGCAUUAAAGAAGAGGAAUUAAUUUGGAUAGGGAGGCUCUGUAGGGUAAAACAAUGAACUCUUUGCUUUGAGCACCAACUGGAGAAAUGCAUCUUGCCAGCUGCUAUUUACCCAGAAAACACUGCAUACCAUUUAAUUAGCUAAACAACAGGUGAUUGGCUAAAAAGAGAGAGCAAAGGGGGUGGGUCAUAAAAUUCACUUGAAUUGGAUAAUCAGAUCUAUUACCUCUGCAAGGGAGUUGUACUUGCCAGAAGUCAUUGGUUAAGUAUAUUAGCUCAGUCACCACAAAGUCUGAUUUCACUGGUGCAGAUCUCUGAUAUUUUAAAGCAUCUAGGAGUAGCUGUAUGAGUCCAACACAGAAUAACUCUAAGAGUUCUAAGAUUCUAUGUUAGAACUGUUAUUUAUUCUUAGGUAAGCUGAGGGAUCCAUUCAUGUUUGGUCAAUACAAAUAACACAUAAUCUGCACAUAAUAUUAUAAUAAUAAAUUCAUUAGGAGUCCACAGUAGGCCAGAAAGUGAACGUCUUUGGUGACACUCGUCUCAUAUGACCUGAUCUCAUAACUAUGGUAAAUCUUGAGUUGUUAAGAGCAUCUUUCAAAUCACGUUCCCUCAAAAUAAUCUUACACACUGUGUUAGCCAAACACUGGUGAAAAACCUUCAUCUGCACCUCGGUGCACCAUUUCUAUUUAUCUGUGAUUGAUUUUCUAAGCACACCUUAUGAGUGAUUUUGGCAAUGAUUUAGGGAAGGAAGGUAAGUGUGUUAAAACAAUUCACUCUCAAUAACGUAAAGUAGAUAAUUAGAUCUAAGCUAUUAUUCUUGUCACAGGUUGCACUUUGGCCAGAAGCCUGGAGGUAAGGGAAUUAGCACCAGCAUACUGUUAUAACCUGAGGAGACAGCUGUAGCCUUAUGUUUUAAAGAAUAUAUCUUGUAUAUCACAAACUGAUUACAUGAUUAGGUUUGGUUUGAUUAACACAUAGGCUGAUCAGCCACAACAUUAAAACCACUCACAAGUGAAGUGAAUAACAUUGAUUAUAUUGUUCCAAUAGUGACUGCCGAUGAGUGAGAUACAUUAGGCAGCAAGUGAACAAUCAGGUUUUGAAUUUAAUGUGUUGAAAACAUUUUGGCUUAUGUCCUGGCAUUCAUGUGGUUGUUACUUUGACACAUACUACCUAAAAACUGUUGCAGACCACAUACUUUCCUUUAUGGAAAUGAUUCCCUGAUGGCAGUGGCCUCUUUCAGCAGAAUAAUAGUGGCACAGGACACCUUCAGAGGUUUUGUGAAGUCUACGUCUUAACUAUUCAGAGCUGUUUUGGCAGCAUAAGAGGGACCUACACAAUAGAACUCACAAGGAGUUUACAUGACACCAUUUUCAACCAAAAUUAGAUUUUUUUUAAUGCAUUUUGGCUGUUUAUUUACAUGACAAUGGUGUUUUGGGGGCCGGAAAAUGCUAAUUUUUAAAUAUUGAGUUUCAAAGUGCAAGGUUUUGAAAAUGAACCGUGUAAACUACAAAAAUGCGAAUUUGUGAAAUUUGUCAUGUGCACUUUAAAAAAUUUUGUUUUUCUUUCUUUCUUUUUUUCAACCCAAAUGCUGGGUUCAACCUGUUUGGUCAUUUUAUUGGGUUGUUUUUAAUAUUUCUUACCCAGGUGCCGGGUUAUUUUUAUUAACCCAAAUGCUGGGUUCAACUAGUUGGGUCAUUUUAUUGGGUUAUUUUUAAUAUUUUUUACCCAGGUGCUGGGUAGUUUUUUUUGUAACUAAGUUGCUAGGUCAUUUUUAAUACUGUAUGCUGGGUUAAGCCUGUCUCUGAUGAAACAACCCAGCUGCUGAGUUACAGUCAAAAUAAAGGUUUAUAUACAUUUUAUUUCAUUUAUAACGUCUUUACAGUAACGAGUAAAAGAGUAAAAAAAAAACACAAUUUACAGCACAGUAAAGACUUUAACUUGUCAUGCUUUACUCUUCUGAUUCAAGUUUGAACUCUUCUGAUUGAAGACAAAUUGCACAGAGCAUGAAAGCUUUUACAUUCCCAUGUCCAGGACAGGGCUUGUCAAGAGUCCUUUUGAGUACAUCCAGUCUUAUUUACCAGAACCAUGGAAAAUCAGUGCUUCGGGUCUCUAUUUCUACUGGUCAUUUUUGGUUUACCUUUCAGUGGGCUCACAUUGCUGGUUACAGAUCAACACUAGAAACUUUGUUCCAGUUAGUUAUGAAGUCUGGUAUCCACCGUAUCUUCUCAAAGUCACCUCGUUGACUUUGGGACCUUUUGGGAAGCUAUAGCAGGCAUCUGGGCAUUUUAGGCAAAUUUGGCUCCUCCACAGCAGGAUGGAUGGAAUGAGGGAAACAACUUUUACAUUCCAAAGUCCAGCAGGACAGGGCUAGUGAGAAAUCCUUAUACACAGUAUUGCCUGGUGGGUCCAUGGCAAUAAAAGACACUUGCUUUUUAUUUGUUUUCCUGAAUUGCUUUGGGCUACCAGUCAGUGUGCUUAUGCUGAUGGUCACACCUCUAAAUCUCAUUUUGGGGCACCUGGCUUUCUUUUGGAUUCAUGGUUACAUUCUACUGCUUCCUUGCUGGUUAUAUAGCUCUGGGUCACACAUGUUGUGCCAUUGGAAGCUCUUUUGCUACACUUGGUGGAAAGAAGAUUUCAGGAUAAGUGAAUCUGUUUAGUUGUUUGGGAUUCCAUAUUGUGAGUCCUUUUCAUUUUUGUCUACAGGCCAGGUUUCAUAUUGGUCUCUGUUUGUACUUGAGAUUGUGACCAAAAAAUUAACUUCAAACGCCAUUGGACUGUUCUGUGUGUUUGUUUUGGCUCCCAUGUGCUCCCUGACCUAGUUUUCCCUUGUGUUUCAUUAUGCCCAAAUUUGUUUUUCUUCCUGUUCCUGUUUAAUUUGUUUCAUUCUGUUCACCUGUGUUUCCCUAAUUACCUUGUUUAGUCCUUAGUUCUUAAGCCCAGGGUUUCUUAUGUCUAGUGUUCAGUGUUAAAUGUCAUUUUGUUCCUUCGUGGUGUAUUCCCAUUGGUUUAUUUUUAUUAAAGACUGUUUUGUUUAAAUUUUUUUCUAAUUUUCUCAAUUGUGACAGCAAUAGCAGUCAUAGCUGGUCCAGGUAAUUAGACACUUUGAAUCAGUGGAACAGAAAGGCUCAAACUCAAAAAGGCUAAAACUCUUCAUCCUGAUGGUUUUUGGCUUCUUGUUGAUGAGUCCUUAAUGUCACUGAGCAACACAGAGGUGUACUCAGUAUUUUCUCUGUAGAACUAUUUGCCAGCUGUGUUUUCUAAUUUCUUUUAAAGCUUUUCAGUCCACUGUCUUCAACAAGCCUAAGUUCACAUGGAUCAAUCUCUGUAAUCUCCAUAAAUAUGGGCCAUAUGCUGCUCCUCUACCUUCCUUGGAACAUUUUAUUUUAAAGAAGACCUGACCUGAUCCUUUUUUGUUAAUGCAGACUAGGUAUACAUCACAUUUGGCCUCUAUACUCUUUAAAUAAAUAGAGCAUGUGUAGAUUAGUUUGCGCAAUGCUCAACACAUGGUUUAUAUCUCAUGUCUCUCCACCAAUGCUUCAAAACAAGAUAUAGCUCACCACUAAAUCUAAACAUAAGCCUCUUUUCUUGACAUUAUCACAUGCAAAGGUCAUGACCAGAACUGCUUAAACCCACCCAAGUGUUCAGUGAGAAACAUAAUAAUACACAGAAUGACCUUUAAAGUCAAUGACAUCAUGCCUGAUUAUAUUUAAUCAUUAUUUUUAACUGCUUUGUCAGCUUUUCUGUAUAUAUUUUGCAAAAUGUUAUUAAAUAACUAAUGUUAUUUUUAGUGGGUCUAACAGUAAAGUUAGCCAGUAAAGACAUUUAAUUUUACGCUGCUGCUUGAAUGUGAUACUUGCAGUUUUUUUAUUGUUUGAUAUACAGAUAUUAUAUAAAGUAUAUAAAGUGUAAGGAGACUACAAAAUUGCAAUGUUUAUGAUAAGCUAUACUUUGAACUUAUGUGCGUUCAGGAAAAAAAUUAAUAAAUCAAGAAAAACUAUAUUUUGGCAACUACCCAUAUAUCUUAUUGUAGUUUCUUAAUAUAAGAAUCUCAAAUUUCAAUAGAGUGUUAAGAUCCAAAGCUUUACAUGUGAUUAACUCAAAACUGAUUAUGUCUGCUCUUAUCAUUCAAAUCCGACAAUGCAACACCCUCCCCACCUUACGCUCCUGGAUUUAUCCCUUAUAAGGAACCUCAGACAGAUAUAUAACAACACCAUUGCAAAUAAAUAGUAGGUCCAUCGCAGCAGAUUGCAUCUUCUCUCUGGUCUGGAUCACUAGUGGGCAAAGAUGAACGGCACUGAGGGAAACAACUUCUACAUUCCUAUGUCUAACAGGACAGGGCUAGUGAGGAGUCCUUUUGAGUAUCCACAGUAUUAUCUAGCUGAACCGUGGCAGUUUAAAGUGCUUGCCAUCUACAUGUUUUUCCUCAUCUGUUUUGGUUUACCCAUCAAUGGCCUUACAUUGGUGGUUACAGCUCAACAUAAAAAGCUUCGGCAACCUCUCAACUUCAUUUUGGUCAACCUGGCUGUGGCUGGUACCAUCAUGGUUUGUUUUGGAUUCACGGUCACUUUCUACACGGCAAUUAAUGGCUACUUUGCUCUGGGACCAACUGGCUGUGCGAUUGAGGGCUUCAUGGCCACACUUGGAGGGCAAAUUGCCCUUUGGUCACUUGUGGUGCUGGCCAUUGAGAGAUACAUUGUGGUCUGCAAGCCAAUGGGUAGUUUCAAAUUCUCAACCAACCACGCUUUGGCAGGAAUAGGAUUUACAUGGAUAAUGGCCUUGUCAUGUGCAGCUCCACCUUUGGUUGGGUGGUCCAGAUAUAUUCCUGAAGGAAUGCAGUGUUCAUGUGGACCAGACUACUACACCCUCAAUCCUAAAUACAGCAAUGAAUCAUAUGUCAUCUACAUGUUUGUCUGCCAUUUUAUAUUUCCAGUAACCGUAAUAUUCUUCACCUAUGGACGGCUCGUUUGCACAGUCAAGGCGGCUGCAGCACAGCAGCAGGACUCAGCAUCUACCCAGAAGGCUGAGAGGGAAGUGACAAGAAUGGUCAUCCUGAUGGUUUUGGGUUUCCUAGUGGCUUGGACACCCUAUGCCAGUGUUGCUGCCUGGAUCUUCUUGAAUAGGGGAGCUGCCUUCAGCGCCCAAUUCAUGGCUAUUCCUGCUUUCUUCUCAAAGACCUCAUCCAUAUUUAAUCCUAUCAUUUAUGUGCUGCUAAACAAACAGUUCCGGAGCUGCAUGCUGACCACUCUUUUCUGCGGAAAGAAUCCUCUUGGUGAUGAGUCCUCAACUGUGUCCACCAGCAAGACGGAGGUGUCCUCUGUAUCUCCAGCAUAG